UUGUGCGAUGUUAUUUUAAAAAUAGGACUAGAGAAAUUUAGAGCUCACAAAGUCGUAUUAGCUUCAGUUAGUGCCUACUUUUUUGCCAUGUUCAACGGCGAAAUGAAAGAACAGACACAAACCGAAAUUGCGAUUUAUGACAUGGAUCCGACCGCGAUGGACUUGCUAUUGGACUAUGCCUAUACGGGCCAGCUUACGAUUACUGCGGACAAUGUCAACGUUCUUCUGCCAGCCAGCAGCAUGCUUCAACUGCAAGAAGUGCGAGAGGCCUGUUGGCGGUUUCUGCUCAAGCAGUUGCAUCCCACAAAUUGUCUGGGGAUCAGAAGUUUUGCAGACACGCAUUCUUGCAAAGAGCUUCACCUCAAGUCGCACGCCUACGCUCUGCAGAACUUUCAGCAAGUGGUAAAUACCGAAGAGUUCCUGCUGCUGCCAUUUGAGCAAGUCCAAGAGCUGAUUUCCAACAGCCAGCUGAAUAUCUCAUCUGAAGAAGACGUCUUCACUGGCGUUCUCAACUGGGUCAAGCACAACUUGUUGGAGCGCGAAAAAUACAUUUCGCAGCUGAUGGUGCAUGUGCGAUUGCCCUUGGUAAAUAGAGAGUUUUUGAUAAACAAAGUGGACAACGAGAGGCUGCUGAAAGACCACAGUGAGUGCAGGGAGCUGCUUAUUGAAGCCAUGCGGUAUCAUUUGUCACCGGAGCAACGAUGUUGCUUAUCCAACACCAGAACUACGGACAGGAAGCCCAAAGGGGCCAAUCCAUAUAUUUAUGCAAUCGGGGGAAGUUCCCUGUUUGCAAUACAUACCGAAUGCGAAGUUUACAAUCCAAAGACCGAUUUGUGGCAUAACAUAGCGCCAAUGCAGUGGCGCCGGUCACGUACGGGAGUGGUAGGGUUGCGUCGUCUGCUCUACGUCGUUGGAGGGUACGAUGGCGCUACAGAUUUGGCUUCAGCCGAAUGCUACAACCCGCUGACCAAUACGUGGUCCAACGUUACUCCAAUGGGCACUAAACGGUCCUCCCUGGGUGUUUGCACCUUUGACGGCUUGAUUUACGUGUGUGGGGGUUACGAUGGAGCUUCCUGUUUGACCUCUGUGGAAAGGUUGGAUCCUCUGACUGGAAUUUGGAGCAGCUGCCCGGCCAUGAACACCAGACGACGCUACUGUCGGAGUGCUGUAGUAGAAAAUGCGAUUUAUGCCGUGGGAGGUUUCGACUCAACCACUUACCAAGCCUCCGUGGAAAAGUUCGAUCCCCGAGAGGGAAAAUGGCAAUCAAUUCCUUCGAUGUCCAUGAGAAGAUCCAGUUGCGGAGUCGGGGCAUUAGAUGGGUAUCUGUACUGUAUCGGAGGAGGUGACGGAACGGUGUGUAUGAGUAGCGGCGAGCGACUGGAUAUCAGGAGAAUGGCAUGGGAGCCGAUUUCCAAUAUGAAUAGCCGCAGGGCCACUCAUGAUGUGGUGUCCAUCAGGGACUAUUUAUUCGCAGUAGGAGGUACGGAUGGAAGCUCCAGUGUGACUACUAUGGAAGCAUAUGAGGCCAAAUCCAACAAGUGGAUUUCAGUGAAGAGCAUGUCUUAUAGAAGAGGCUCAAUAGGAGCGGCGGUGUUGGACUGCAUUAAUCUAGAACAAGUUUUAAAGCAAACUCGAAUACUCAGUUGAUCGGUCGAAGAGGGUGAGGAACUUUGGUAUACCAGACGUGACUGUCAUAUGCUAGAUAUAUUCGCAAAUCAUCAAUUCUUCCUUGUUCGAAUCCAAUUUUCGCUUUUGAGGUUUAAACCAGACAGUCAUUUUUUCUUGUGUUAUAGAUAAAAUAAUGUUAUUAUUUUAUAUAGAAAACAAAAAACGAUAUUUAUAUAACUUAAUAGCAAAUAUAGGUACAUGAGGUACAUCUGUGAUAAAGAAGUAUUCAAAUAUACCUCCUCGUUAAGGGAAUUAAUGCAUGGAUUAUACCAGAGACAAGGGAGACUAUUCUGUCUCUGGUCAUACUGUUACGCAAAAUAUUUCUUUUACUGUCCUGUAAGAUGACUUUUUGAUACACUUUUAAUGCGCUACUAUUGUCUAUCAUUAUACACACGUUGUUAAAAAUACAUUAUAUGUUGCUUAUUACCGUCCAAGCGAAU